GGGGAAGAAAGAACGUAUUUUUGCAGAGGUUGCUGGCCUGGAUUUUUAUGUGAGAUUUCCUUGCGUUGAUAGAAUUCAUAGGUGACAGGGGUUACGUUUUGGAUUCAUCCGAUUAUUAUCAAUAUCCUUGUUAAUUUUGCUUGUACCAAAUGGGUGACAAGAAGAAGGCAGGUUCAAUUCUAGUGAGGCUUGUCUCUGCAGCUGGUACUGGAUUCUUCUAUGUGGUUAGGAAGAGCAGGAGGUUUCAGAAUACCCAGGCCAAGCUUGAGUUUCGCAAGUAUGAUCCUCGUGUGAAACGCCAUGUUCUCUUCACUGAGGCAAAGAUGAAGUGAGAGACACGCAGAAUAUUUACUCAUGGCGAUUUAAUAUCGUUGUCUGUUACAUGUGAAUUAAAUUUUACAUGAAAGAAAGCUCAUAGUUGUGAAGACAAUUUUGAUAUUUGCUGUAUGAUGGUUUGACUGUAAUAUCAUGGCAAACUUGUAGCUGAAGCUGGACGACUCUACAUUCUUUUAGAUUAAUAACAGACCUGCAACUUUGGGAUGUUA